AUGGCAAAAGUGCUCGAAAAUGAGCGAAGAAAGAACAAGGACGAAGCAUUGCAGAGGCUGAUCAACGAAAAGGAUACCGAGCUCGAAAAGCUGAGGAACGAGCAUGAAGAAACGAUGAAAGAGAACGCUGCCGAAACGAGAAAGCUGAGGGAACAGUCGUCGCGACACGAGCUGGAGCAACGUCGGAAGCAAUCAUGGAUGGCGCUACCUACGACACCGUACACCACUGGUGAGACAGACCACAAAAGCAGAAGACGGGCGGUGCCACCAAAUACUUGGUGCAACGUUAGUGGGAGUUACAUCUACUACCAUGAUAAUAAUUUGAAGGCGGCGGACUUAUGUGGGUUCCUUCAAGGAACUUUCCAAGUUGGAGUGGUGGAGGAAGACACCAAAGAUUGGUUGUCGCCCCCAGCGACUAAUAUAUAUUGUGGGGGCAGUGAAUCAUUCGACCGCAACAACUGGUGGUUUGUGAAGAUAUUGCAUCCGAAUGACGGCCUUAUUAUGUUGGCAUAUUACGACGGGGACCGAAGCUAUACUGCUGGGUACAGAGGUUACACUACCAAGUUUCCGAUGCCCAGGGACAUUGUUAGCGAGGAGUAUGAGGAGUUGAAAAACAUGGCUAGGACUUGA